AUGAAAAAUGUGGGCGCGUUCAUGACUGCGGGCGUGCGCGGGAGUGCGCUGGCGUCGCGUCGAAAACCCUGGCAGGUUCUGCUGGGCGGGGUAUCGGCAAGCCCCCCUCCCUCGAAAAAUCUUCACCUUCAUCCUCCCAAUCAACCCACUAACGCUCUCAGAUCAUAUCCAUCUUAUUCAUCCGGAAAGAUGUCUGACAACGAGCAAAGCCAACAGCCCGAACACAUUAACAUUAAAGUCGUUGAUCGCAACUCGCAAGAAGUGUUUUUCAAGAUCAAAACUACAACCAAACUCGGCAAACUGAUGGACGUCUACGCAAACCGAAUCGGACAUGAUCCCACUACAAUACGGUUUAUCUUUGAUGGUGUCAAGGUUAAGCCAGAUGAUACCCCACUCGAUCUCGACAUGAGUGAUAACGACAGGAUUGACGUGAUGGUCGAGCAGGUCAGUUGUGUCCCAGCGAUACCUACAGCUUCGUUGCUUACAUCUUCCACUCCUUCUUUUCGCUGGGCUGAUUCAUGGGUCUAA